GAUAGACAGACAGAUAGAUGAUAGACAAGCAGAUAGACAGACAGAUAGAUAGGUACUCUACUAAGUGUAAACACUAAUAUAAUUUUCAAAUACCUGUAAAACUCUCCCCAUCAAUAGCUUAUCAUAUCUGACCGAAAAUUUAACUUAGCAGCAAUGAAAAUAUGAAAGAGCAAAAAGCAAGCCAGAACAAUAUUUCAGUAUUAAAGUAAGAGUAGCAAUUGAUAACAUAAACCUUUAUUUUCUUUCCCAAGAUGUCUUAAAUAUGUAUCUGGGUCCCCAUCUGUCUUUACACUGUUAUUCAGUAUUUGCUGGUCUCUUACAGCUCACAAACACAUGAAAAUCUUCAACACCCACAACAACACCAGCACCAUUGCUGGCUUCAUCCUCCUGGGCUUCCCUUGCCCCAAGGAGGGUCAGACUCCCCUCUUUGUGCUCUUCUCUCUUAUCUACCUCCUGACCCUCGUGGGGAACGGUUCUAUCAUCUGUGCUGUGUGCUGGGAUCGGAGACUCCACAUGCCCAUGUACAUCCUACUCGCCAACUUCUCCUUCCUGGAGAUCUGCUAUGUCACCUCCACUGUCCCCAAUAUGUUAGCCAGCUUCCUCUCUGAGACGAAGGUCAUUUCCUUCUCUGGGUGCUUUCUGCAGUUCUAUUUCUUUUUCUCCCUGGGAUCUACAGAAUGCUUUUUCUUAGCAGUUAUGGCCUUUGAUCAAUACCUUGCCAUCUGCCAGCCAUUGCAUUACCCCACUGUUAUGACUGGACAUCUCUGCACUAAUCUUGUGGUCAGCUGCUGGAUACUUGGUUUCCUUUGGUUCCCUGUCCCUAUCAUCAUCAUCUCCCAGAUGUCCUUCUGUGGAUCUAGGAUUAUAGAUCAUUUCCUGUGUGACCCAGGUCCUCUGUUAGCACUCACCUGUUCCAGAACCCCCAUGAUGGAGUUCCUCUGGAUGGUUUUAAGUUCUCUACUCUUAUUUAUUCCUUUCCUCUGUAUCGUGGGGUCCUAUGCUCUGGUCCUGAGAGCUGUAUUGAGGGUCCCUUCAGCAGCUGGACAAAGAAAGGCCUUCUCCACCUGUGGAUCCCAUUUGGCUGUGGUUUCACUCUUCUAUGGUUCAGUGAUGGUCAUGUACCUGAGCCCUACAUCCAAGCAUGAAUCUGGAAUGCAGAAGAUUGUGACCCUGUUUUAUUCUGUGGGAACCCCACUCAUUAAUCCUGUGAUCUACAGUCUGAGGAACAAUGAUAUGAAAAAUGCCCUGCAGAAAUUUCUUGGAACAUAA